CUACAGAGAACGGCCGAGCCCCGAUUAGGACCGCCCACAUUUGUGACAGACGUUUCUGCCAGCAAAUUGGAACGUAGCUCCAUUUUGACUGACGCAAACAGCAACCAAUUGCUCAUCUGUUUCUCAGACUGUCACUGACGACUUCAGGGAAGGGGGAGGGUCGGUAGCAACAGUUGCCCGGGUGAGGGACGGAGCGGCCAUAGCCACGGUAGUCGUGGCGACAAGAACCCCGGCAACAAGAAUCAACAACAACAACGACCAUCAGCUCGGCCCCCCACGGUCCACCUUCAACUAACAGACUGUCCGUGUCGUUAUUAUCCGUGUACAAGUCACUUCCUUGCUGGAAGGCCACUGGCCGCGCUCUGACGCUUAUAAGUGACGCCGUGCGCUUUGCUCCACUUGGGUAGCAAUGGCGACGCAGGCCUAUGUGACUGAGCUCCAGGCAGCUCCACCUGCUCCCACCCCGGGCACCACGCAGCAGUAUGUGGCGGAGCUACAGGUCACACAACCCUCCGGCGGCUCCCAGUCAGCAGGAUCCCAGACUCCCACAACACAGCAGUACAUUGUAGUUACCGUCUCUGAAGGGUCAGUGAGAGGCAGUGACGGAGAACUCAGCCCAGGGGGAACCCCGACACCCACAGCCGCAGUUCCCACACAGGUGGUACAGCAAGUGCAGGCAGCACAGCAGCGGCUGGUGGUGCAAGGCUCUCCUCAGGGCACUAAAGCAGCUCAGGUCUCCCUAACCCUACACACCGUGCAGCAGCCAGCACUCUCCCCUCCUCAUGGGGACAGCCCAUCUCUGAAGGCAGGACAAGCCCAACCAUUGCAGCUGCAUGGAACGCAACAAGAGCGAUCAGUCGUACAGGUGAAUCCUCAGAAAUCCUCCCCCGUUCAUCAGCUCACAGUCCAGGCUCUGCAGCAUGUCCAGGGGACCCCAGAGGUCCAGCAGCUGCAGCAGGUCCCAGUGCAACAUGUGUAUCCCAGCCAGGUGCAAUAUGUGGAGGGAACCGAGGCCACGUAUACUGGAGGCACCAUCCGAUCAGGGUCCUACUCGUACACUGAGACUCCCCUGUACAGUCAGGCUACCGGAUCUACUUACUACGAGUCCCAGGGAGCCACAGGGCAGGUCAGCUCUCCCACCUCAUCCCCAGCUUUGGCCAGCAGCCCGUCGUUGCCCAUGUAUGUGUCUGGGGGGCAGAUUCUCACCAACACCACCCAGUCUGCGGCCUCAGCUGGAACUGGAGCAGGUGCUAGUGGAUCAGGAACCUACGUUAUCCAGGGUGGAUUUAUCAUGGGCAGCUCUACUCAGUCCUACUCUCAUACCACACGGGCCUCUCCAGCCACGGUGCAGUGGCUGCUUGAUAACUAUGAGACGGCCGAGGGGGUGAGCCUACCCCGCAGCACUCUCUACUGCCACUACUUACUGCACUGCCAGGAGCAAAAACUGGAGCCUGUAAAUGCCGCCUCUUUUGGGAAACUUAUCCGCUCAGUCUUCAUGGGCCUGCGAACCCGCCGACUGGGCACAAGGGGGAACUCCAAGUACCACUAUUAUGGCCUGAGAAUCAAAGCCAGCUCCUCACUCCUGCGCUUGAUGGAGGAUCAGCAGCACCUCGCUAUGCGGCAGCAGCCCUUCUCCCAGAAGCAGAGGCUUAAAACUGUCCAGAAAAUGGAAGGAAUGAGUAACGGGGUAGGGGGCUCCCAACAGCAGACUCCUGGUCUGUCCGACAUCAGUUCUCAGGUGCAGCAGUACCAGCAGUUCUUAGAUGCCUCAAAGACCCUUCCAGAAUUCGCAGAGAUGGAUUUGCAGGGGAAGCCCCUCCCUGAUGAUAUUACACUGGCCAAUGUGAAAGCUUUCCAGCUGCUGUACAGGGAGCACUGCGAGGCUAUAGUGGAUGUAGUUGUGAAUUUGCAGUUUACCCUGGUGGAGACCCUGUGGAAAACCUUCUGGAGGUUCAACCAAGGGCAGCACAGCGAUAGCACCAUAGACGAUGAAGCAGAGAAGCGUCUGCCCAAGGACUGCCUGGUGCUGCUCUCCAAGUAUGAGCCUUUGCUUAAAUGGAGCAGAGACUGUGAUCACCUCCUGUAUCAGGUUCUGGUGGAGACACUCAUACCCGAUGUACUGCGCCCCAUACCAAGUGCCCUGACACAAGCCAUCCGCAACUUUGCCAAGAGUCUGGAGAGCUGGUUAACCAGCGCAAUGAUGAACAUACCUGAAGAAAUGGUGCGGAUUAAGGCUGGCGCUGCGAGUGCCUUUGCCCAGACUCUGCGUCGAUACACGUCUCUGAAUCACCUGGCGCAGGCUGCUCGUGCCGUGCUGCAGAACACCGCUCAGAUCAACCAAAUGCUCAGCGACCUCAACCGAGUGGACUUCACCAACGUGCAGGAACAAGCCUCCUGGGUGUGUCGCUGUGCAGACCGGGUGGUACAGAGGCUGGAGCAGGAUUUCAAGCUGACACUUCAGCAGCAGAGCUCCCUCGAGCAGUGGGCCGACUGGUUGGAUAGUGUUGUCUCCCAGGUGCUGAAACCUUAUCAGGGGAGCCCGGGAUUUCCCAAAGCAGCGAAACUCUUCCUGCUCAAGUGGUCCUUCUACAGCUCAAUGGUUAUAAGGGACCUGACCCUCCGCAGCGCCGCCAGUUUUGGAUCUUUUCAUCUGAUUCGACUGUUGUACGACGAGUACAUGUACUACCUGAUAGAGCACCGCGUGGCCCAGGCUCGGGGGGAGACGCCUAUCGCUGUCAUGGGAGAGUUUGCAAACCCAGGAAGCACCUUGCGCUCGCUGGACCAAGACAAAGAGGAAGAAGAGGAGGAGGAUGAUGAGAGUGAUGAAGAUCUGGCUCAUGAGCUGCCCCUCACCUUGAACGACCCCUCCAUCACUUUGGGCUCUGACUCGCUAGAGCCUCCCGCUAAGCUCGCAAGGAGCGACUCCCAAGGGAUCUUUGUACAGUUGCCUCCGACCUCCUAAUCAGCCAAUCAGCAGCUAAGCCUUGUGGUUGUGGGGGGUCAGGGAGUUGGCUUGUUUCAUCUGUCGCACACUCAAGGGCUGUCUCUCAUUGUCUUGCCUGUGUGGUCACAUUGUGCCAAUCUCAUUGUGUGUUUGUGUAGAUGCAGAACUAUACACACACGUUGUACUGGCACAGACGCUGCAACCUAUGGAUUGUGUAUAAUAUACAUCAGUGGGACUGUGUCUGUAGCAAACCUCGCUCUCCAUGUCUAUGAAAUAUAUAUGUGUGUGACUAUAUGCAGAAAUCUAUAUAGAAUGUGUGUGUGACUUUAGAGCACAAAUCAGUCUCUGCCACAUCUCGUGGGUUGGCCCAGUUUGCCCGUGUCACCAGCAUUGUGCCAUUGUUAUAUUCACUGGGCCCAGUCCAAAUGCCGGGGCUGCUUGGACCACCUGCUGCCAAAUCUCAACUCACUCCGCGGGGAUUGAACCAAUCGGAUCCUGCGGAGCAACAAUACGUCGGCCUUGUCCAAUGCCUUAACCAGACUCCAGUCCCGCCCCUGCGACUCCGCCGCCGUUUGUUUCCCCUCGGAGGAAAUCGUUCAUAUGUAUUCGGCUUGUUGUGAUGUUGCCGUGGAAACGGCUGUGACUCCCGCAUUGUGGCCUUACCUGUCUGUGUCCAGCCUGUCAUAUAAUGAUCUGUAGUGAAUGGAGGAAUCCUUCUGUAUUUUGUAUGAAUGAAACAUCUGUGAAGCUUCGUUUUGUGUCAGCUCUUUGGGACAGAGGGAAGGUGAGCGGAGGAGGAAGAGGACAGAUGGGAGGAGCCUGAGCAAAAGCUUUUCUAACUUUUUGUAGUUAUUUCUUAAAUACAAAAUAAAUUUUGCUGUUAUGUACAA